GUGAUAGUUUAUGUGAAGUGACGACAGCAGUCAAUACGUUGUCGACAUUGACGACAACAGCAUCGAUGAGUGGUGUUAUAAGUAGUGGUCGAGGAAGUAGUGGUAUGUCUGAUAGGAUCACAUUAGUGGUGGAAAAUACACGGUUUGUGGUCAGUCGUGAUUUGUUUACUUCGAGAAAGGAAACGAUGUUAUACUCGAUGUUUCACUCGUCUGCAAGUCUGACAAAAGCCAAUCCAAAGGGAGAGUUCGAGUUCGAGGGCUUUUCGGCCACAGUUUUCAAGACAAUACUUGAGUACUACAAGACAGGACUUAUCAAAUGUCCUCCCAGUGUGACAGUGCCAGAGCUUAGGGAGGCCUGUGACUACUUUCUCAUCCCUUUUGAUGCAUCGACUAUUAAAUGCCAUAAUUUAAGAGGACUACUACAUGAGCUGAGCAAUGAAGGCGCCAGAAGUCAGUUCGAGAAGUUCGUCGAAGAGAGGAUUUUGCCAGAAAUGGUUACUUCAGCCAAACGUGGCGACAGAGAGAGUCAUAUCGUAAUACUUUUGAAUGAAGAUGUGGUCGAUUGGGAUGAAGAAUAUCCGCCACAAACCGGUGAAGAAUAUUCACAGAUUAUAUACUCAACACCUAUGUAUCGGUUCUUUAAAUACAUAGAAAAUCGUGACGUUUCUAAACAAGUACUUAAAGAAAGGGGACUUAAAAAAAUUAGACUCGGAAUUGAAGGAAAUGACAACAAAUGGACUGCCAAUAUAGUGACACUUAAAUCCAUAACCAAUUUAUCGGUUGAUAGUAUUGAACAAAAAUGAGUUGUUUUGUAACCAAUCCAUAUGUCUAAUCAAUAACAAUAAUAUUGUUAUAUUUAUAAGAGAGACUAUAUUUGGACAAACACUUCCUUACAAUUUUAAAAUCAGUUUAAAAACUAUUUAAA